AUGUCGGAUACUCACCUUCCAAGGAAAGACUCUGACACUUCCCUCAACUCUGCUGCAAACCCCAACGAUGGCUCCGGAAUCGCCUCACCCAGAAGCAGUACAGAAUCUCGUCCGUCCACACUCCAACACCGUCCGUCGCAUCUGCCUCCAGCAAAUCUUCCACACCGCCAGAGCCUGAGCGAGACGUUGCGCGGUCCUCCAGGAUCUCCUCGCACUCGUCGACAACCAUCCCUGAACCAGGCCGCUCUCCAAAGCUUGAUCGAUAACCCCCCGCCUCCCAAGACUGUGGACUCGGCUUUCGUCGGUCGUGACUGGCGAGAGAUCUCUAUUGGGGAACUCGUUAGUCCGCAAGAUUUACAAUUCGUUGAAUUAGACACAGGGAUCGAAGAGGCAACGACUAUACUGAUUGACUCCGGUGUCCCGGUACUACUAAUUCGCGAGUCUCCCGAGCAAAAAUCCGUUGUUGCUACAUUUGAUUACUCCGAUCUCAACACCUACCUUCUUCUCGCUGCUGGAUUGACCGUCCCAGCAGAGGAACAUCGCGCGUCGUAUGAUGAGCUUGCCAAGAAAGCUCGCGAGGGGACAAAGAUCCCCCUCAAAGAUGUCAAGGGGUUGGGUAUGGAAAAGGAGCCAUUGGUAACCAUGCCAGCUACAGCGAAUGUUAUGGCCGCCGUCGAGACAUUUGGCGGCGGGAUUCACCGCGUGGUUGUGACCAAAGAUGCCCAUGAUAACGAGGUGGUUGGCACUUUCAGUCAAUUCCGACUCGUCAAGUUCUUGUGGGAAAACGGACGUAGCUUCCCAAUUAUUGAUGAGCUAUAUCCACAAGCCCUGAGUGCACUGCAGCUCGGAUCGCAGAGUGUGAUAUCUAUCAAUGGCGACAAGCCUCUUAGCGAAGCGCUCCAGAUUAUGAACAGCGAGGGGAUCACUUCAGUUGUUGUUGUGGAUAACCACAUGAACGUGAUUGGGAAUAUCUCUACUACAGAUGUUAAGCUCCUGACUCGGUCCUCAUCAUUGCCUCUUCUUCAAAAUACCUGCACACAUUUCAUCUCCGUGAUCUUGUCCACCCGCGGCUUGAUCGAAGGCAAAGAUUCCUUCCCCGUUUUCCAUGUGCAUCCGACCUCCACACUAGCCCAUACUGUGGCAAAGAUCGUCGCGACCCGAUCGCACCGGCUCUGGGUGACUGAUCCGCUAUCCCCAUCGUCAUCCGGACCUCCAACUCCUUCGCACUCGACUCCACACAUUUCUUUUGCGACACCGAACCCGGUCGCGUCUCCGCCACCGUCUCCUCUUUCUCAGCCUACGACCUCUAUCCAGCUUGCUGACCAUGCUACGCCGCACCUUCCAACACCGACCCAGCCUUUGUCCGGCAAUGGCCUGUUCUCUCACUCGAGCGGAGUUGCCCCUCCUCUUGCUCCUUCCAUCCCCGCCUCUUCUCUACCCGGUGCUCGGCUGUCAGGACGCCUCGUCGGUGUCGUUAGCUUGACGGAUAUCCUCAAUGUGCAUGCCCGUGCCACCGGGCUCAGUCCUGCCGACCCGGCCGAGUCUCGACGCCGACGACGCAGCAGCUCCUCAAGCAUGAACUUCCGCCGCAGUGGCGAGGCUGGCCGCGAGCUAUACAGCCGAGGCGGCAUGUAA